CGACGCGACCACAACGUAACUCCAAGAUCGGAUCGGAAUCGGAAUCGGAAUCGGUAUUGGAGAUCUUAUAGUAUAGUAUAGUAUAUAGCCAGGUACUUACCAGGUAGCUUUGGCAACCGUCGUCACGUGAUCGUGUCGCGUUCGUUCUUUCUGCUCGUCAUUCAUCUGUCGUCUAACUCGUCGUCUAACUCGUCGUCCAACUUGUGCAAUCCACCUGUCGAAUAUCGGAGAAUAUGUCUCGCAUCUGGAUUUGUGUACCGAGCUCUUAACGUUUGUCUGCAGAAGUCGCUAUCGAAGUCGUUUAGAUCCGCGAGUGCCUGUCGAUCAACUUGACCUUUCAGCUCUCAGAUCAGGAAAUUGUCUACAUUCCUACCAUAAAAAUGUCUUCCACAUUUACAAUCUGGCCAAUUGCUUUAAUAUAUCUUUGCCUGAGUCCGGCAAUAAUAGUUGCCCAAGACUCGGAGUUUGCGGCACGCAACCACAAGAAACGCCAAAUCUAUCGGGAACAAGUGUUGCCACAUGCGGGUGGCAAGAUCCCAGACACCGCUUUCGAGACGGAUCGCUUGUUUCUGAACCGCCUGCAAAAGGAGGGAAUCGCAGUGCCCGAUGGCAUUGUGCCCGAGCAGCGGAGUCCCCAGGUGUACCAGUACUAUAACAAGCCGAUGCGAACGGUCUUCCACAUCGCCCUGAGCUCGGAUGGGAGGUACACGCCGCGGGAGGGACGAUACCACUACCGCCAGGUGCCCACGGUGGAGACCACAUACCUGUACCCGCAGGCGGUGGGUCGCCAGCACGUGGUGGUGCCGCCCAAGCACGGCCUUCCCGUCUACCGACAGCUCCAGUUGCACAAUCCCCUUCUCAAUCAGGUCAAGUUGCAGCCCAAGAAAAUGCCCAAUUUUCUGGAACUGGCGCCCUCGGUGGGCAAGAGCCAUGCGAAUCCAUUAGCCGGAUCGGCCAAGGCGCAGUCUUAUCAGAAUGUGAAUCUCCUCCAUGGUCACAGUCCGGUGCUGCCGGCUUUCAAGAAGACCGCCAAAGGCAGCAAGACCUAUGUGGACAGCUAUGGCACAACCCAUCUCUUCAGCGAAUUUGACGACCUGCUGAGCAAACUGGACUUGCAUCAACAGACCCGCAAGAAUUAUUAGUUUUAGUGCUUUUCACAUGCCCAAAUUUAGUAGAAUUUAUGGAUGCGGCAUUUCUGUUUAUCUUUAGCCAAGAGUUAGGUUUACAAGUGGUUCGUAACCAUUGUCUAACCAUGUGCAUAUCAUUUCAAAACUUUUGCCAUACGCCCCCUCACCGAUUAGUGCAUUUCCAUUCCCAUUCCCAAGUUUGUAAUCCAUUCAUGCCCAGCCCAUACACAGAGAGAAAUAUUGUAUUAAAAUUCAUCACCACAAAUUAUUUUUUAAAUUAAAAGAACAUUUAAAAUGUAUAAUAUUUUUUCGAGUAAUUCUAAACUUAUUAUUUGUGAUUAAAGCUUCGCUGAACAGUUUGUUACAUUUCUUUUAUCUAAGAAUUCUUUUAAAAUAUCAGCAUCAUUAUUUGGUUUUUGAUUAAAAGGAUUUUUUGGCUCUCUGUACCAAGUUGCAUCCACACAUCGCUUGCUAACCCAUCCAUCCACAUAUUGUACCGUCUUAGCCAGGCCAAGCGAUAUGGGAAUUCAUUCGUAUUUAGCUAGUUAAGCGUAAACAAUUUGUAUCUUGCAAAAUAAACCCAGCCCGUGCUGCAUUGUACUUUCCCACAUCAGUCAUAUAUGA